CUGUCUGAGCGUCACAGUUCUACGCUACAGUAGGUUGCUCUCUCUCCAUUCCUCCCAUCUGGCGGACUGACUGGCCCAUCGCAGUCGUCUCUCUGGUCGCCCUGAGCAGUCUGCCGACACACAGACCCCUGGCAGAGAGAAUAUAUUUGGCUACAUGCGUCACAGCUGGUUUGGGGUAGGUCUAGUGUGCUGAAACCUAGAGGGAUGGAGACAGACCCUGCCUUGGAGACAUGCACUGAGAGCAGAGCAGAGACAGGGGGAGAGGAGACACGAGAGGGACCUUUCACGAGGCCCAGCCCCCUGUCCCCCAAUAGGUCUACAGCUGCUCACACUCCUACAGCACUCACCUCUACUCCCCCUCAGCUUACUUCCUCCUGCCCUCCUAAACUCACCCCUGCCCCCAAUCCCUCUUCUAGUACACUCAUCCUCACCCCUACAUUCACACCCUUUUCCUCCUCUACACCCACCCCCAAUCCACCUAAACUGACCCCCACCCCCUCACCCCCCCCCACACUCACCCAUAAAACACCCCCUACCCUCACCUCUACAGUACUCAACCCCACCCCAACAUUUACACCUACUUCUCCCUCACUUACUCCCAACAACCUCACCUCUAAAAUACUCACCCCCAGACCUACUCUCCCCACACUCACACCCACUCUACCUACACUCAAGCAUUCCUCGUCUCCCUCCCCUACUAAACUCACUCACAAACCUGCUCCUCUCCCCCUCACUCCCCCCACCCACACCCCUACUGCCCCUCUACUCACCCCCUCUCCCUCCCCUCCCUCCCCCACUGUAUCUGCCAUCCCUUCUCUGCCCCCCUCUGUAACCCAUGGCAAAAUGUCCUUUGCUCCUGGGCCUUCCUUCUUCCUGACCAAUGGGAAUGCAAGGCCACCCACCACGCCCACCACUCCACCAAUCACGCCUUUCCAUACCCCAGCCAGCAGACAGGUCCCUCUUCCUCGCCCCCUGGGUACGCUCACUCUGGUGCAAGCAAAUCAGAGCAUCUCGCCUGUUAGACCGAGGGUAUCCCAGCAGGCCUUGCUCCUGGGUCGGAGUCCUUGUUCGAGCCGAGACCAGAUGCUGCUCAGGGCCCAGAUGCUCCAGAGUCUAACCCUGCGCCCCUCUGCUCCCGGCACUCUCACAAUCCCCCCCUCUUUACGUCUCAAACCUCCCUCCUCCUCCCUCUCUCCUAUCUCUCGUCCCCUUACACCCCUUUUCCCCCCUCUCCGGCCGCGCACCCAGCCCAGUUCCAUGGCAACAGACAGACAGACCCCACCUACCCGGCGCCUCUCAGUCCCGCCUCCAACUCUCUACACUUCUGUGCGUUCUGUCCCUCUGAGACCCAGACUUCAUUCUCCAAACGGCCACAGAGUGGUGCCCCCGAGACACAGCCCCGCCAUGCGACCAUUUGCUGCUGCUGCUGCUGCCCAUCAGGCCCUACCCAUCAGACAGUGUACAGUACCAGCCACCAGUCUGUCAUCUCAAAGCCCGCCCACACAGUCCACCCCUGGCCAAUCGCAGCUCAACUCAGGCUCUAGGCCCCUUCCCUUGGGUUCUUCCUGUUUUGAUCGGUUACCGCCGGCAUCAAGGCAGCUGCAAAUGAUUGCCCUCUCCGCUGGCUCCACCAGCCGCUUCAGCAGCCAAACACGGCCUGCGGCCAACACACACACCCCAGCUUCUGUCCAAUCAAAGUGUCUGGUUCUUGAGUCCCCACCUCCUCAGCUUGAUGCCCAACCACAGAGGACUUCUGACCACGCCUCUCCCGCUCCCACCUCCUCCAUCCACAAAGCCAACUCACCCCUACCAUACCCCCAUUAUCAGGCCAGACACAUUCAGUCAAAAGGAGAAGUGGGUAGACAGGGAGUAAGGGAGGAGAGAGAGCGGGUGGGGGGAGAGGAAGAAAAGAUGGGGGAAAUUGAAGAGGGGCAGAGGGAUAAAGAGAGGGUGGCAGGAGAGAGAAAGGUAACAGGAGAGAAAAAAGGUAUUGUUGAGAAGAGAGCGGAGAGGGAUGGAGAGAAGGAGGACCAGAGAGAUAAAGAGGAGGACCAGAGAGAUAAAGAGGAGGACCAGAGAGAUAAAGAGGAGGACCAGAGAGAUAGAGAGAAGGAGGACCAAAGAGAUAGAGAGAAGGAGGACCAAAGAGAUAGAGAGAAGGAGGACCAGAGAGAUAGAGAGAAGGAGGACCAGAGAGAUAGAGAGAAGGAGGACCAGAGAGAUAGAGAGAAGGAGGACCAGAGAGAUAGAGAGAAGGAGGACCAGAGAGAUAGAGAGAAGGAGGACCAGAGAGAUAGAGAGAAGGAGGACCAAAGAGAUAGAGAGAAGGAGGACCAGAGAGAUAGAGCGAAGGAGGACCAGAGAGAUAGAGAUAAGGUGGACCAAAGAGAUAGAGAGAGGGUGGGAGAGAAGGGAUUGCUGACAAGAAAGGAGAAAGGAGAGGCUGGAGGAGAGGAAGAAUGGAUGGAGAGAGGUAAACAAUAUGAGAGACUGAGACAGAUGACAGGAAUAGAGGAGGAGGGGGAGGAAAGGAUGAAGAUAGAGGGAGAGGAGCAGAGAGAAAGGAUGGAUGUAGAGGGAGAGGAGCAGAGAGAAAGGAUGGAUGUAGAGGAGGAGGAGCCGGGACAGAAAGAUGCGAUGAAAGGAGAGAAGGAGGUGGGGACUACCACUGACGAGGACAGUCCGAUAGACCCUCACCCCAAUGCAGACCCGGCUACUCAGAAUCACAUACACUUUGAUGCCCCCUCACACACACCUCAUAACCCCACCACUCAGAACGACAACCCCCCCCCCUCAGGUUACCCCAUAGACCUCCAGAGACCAUUGGACUGUCCCAUAGAGCGACCCCCAGACCUACCCCACAAGGACCAAGAGGACUUCUGUGAGAACAUGUCCACUCAGUCUGACAACCACUCAGUCUUGUCCAGUCUCUCCUCUCAGUCUCCCCCUGCCUCACCCUGCCUCACCCCUCCAUCUGACUUCCCUCCUCCUCUCCUGCCUGUUAGCCCCUCCCACUCAGAGACCCUCAGCCUAUCAGAGAGCCGCUCUGAGACCAUUAGCCUAUCAGAGCGCGAGCCUUGGACACAGAGGGUGUGGCCAGAGGGCGGGAGGCGUGUCUUAACUCACCUGGUGGAGGGCUUCAUCAUACAGGAGGGGCUGCAGGCGUUCCCGGUGAACCGCUCAUCUCUGUUGUUGGGAGGGCAGGAGGGUGUCUCCCAGAAUGGGAACACAGAGGGGGCGGAGUUAUUACCAUUGACAGACACACCACAGCCACCGGAACAUUCCAGCGAAUCAGAACGAGUGGGUGUGGCCACAGAUGACCCGCUGACAGGUACCAGAGAGAGACAGAGGGGGGUGUUACAGUGUGAGUCUUGUGGGAAGAGAGGCCAUGCCCACUCCUUCCACCGCUCCAAAAGAUACUGCUCCACUUCCUGUGCCCGUAGGCUUAAUGUAGGGAUGUCUAAACGUCUGCGUGCUCUGAGUGCAGGCAGCCAGCCAGAGGGGCGGCGCUCUGAGAUAAACAAGGAGGAGUCUGUUCCUGGGAAGCCCCUCUUACUGCGACUGCCCCGAGAAAUAUGGAGCGCCCAUCGCCGUGACUACGAAGGGGAAGAAGGGCAUGCUGUUCCCAUAACAACCAGGCUGGAGCGCAGAGCUGCACGGAGGGCAAGGAGGGCAUCAGAGCCAGCGAUGACCCCUAGUAACCCCACCGUGACCUCUACUGAACCCACACCUGCACAGUGGAGUGUAGAGCAAGUCUGGGACUUUAUACACACACUGCCAGGUUGUGUGGAUGUUGCAGAGGCGUUCCGUGUUCAGGAGAUAGACGGCCAGGCCCUGCUGCUGCUCACUGAGGACCACCUGAUGACCAGCAUGAACAUCAAACUGGGACCAGCGCUCAAGAUCUGUGCCCACAUCAACACACUCAGACACACAUAGAGAGGGAGAGAUGGAGGUGUGGUGGGACGGUGGGUGGAGGAGAAUAUAGAGAGGGGAAAAGGGGAGGGGUGGGGGGACGGUCUAAGGCACUGCAUCACAGUGCUUGAGGCGCCACACAAACCCGGGUUCGUUCCCAGGCUGUGUCACAACCGGCCUUUGACCGGGAGUCCAAUAGGGCGGCAAACAAUUGGCCCAGCAUUGUCCGGGUUAGGGGAGGGUUUGGCCGGCGGGGCUUUACUUGGCCCAUCGUGCUCUAGGGACUCCUUGUGGUGGGCCGAGCGCCUGCAAGCUGACUUCUGUAGUCAGUUGAACGGUGUUUCCUCCGACACAUUGGUGCAGCUGGCUUCCAGGUUCAGCGGGCGGGUGUUAAGAAACACGGUUUGGUGGGUCAUGUUUCGGAGGACGCAUGACUUGACCUUCGCCACUCCCGAGCCCUUUUUGGAGUUGCAGCAAUGAGACAAGAUCGUAAUUGGAUAUCACGAAAUUGGGAAGAAAAGGGGGUAAAAAAACAAAAGAAAAAGUGAGGGAAAAUAGUGAUUGAUAGAUGGGAGAAGAGAGAGAGGGGAGCGGAGAAGGGGGGAAAACAAGAGAUCAAUUCACGAGAUUAUCAACUGAGAGCAAUCAGUGAGAGAGGUAGGGGGAUUUUGUUAUAUUCUGUUGUGUCUAUGUACAUAUUUUACAAUGCAGUCUAUUGGUUGUAAAUCUUAAACAUUUUCAUGAAGGAUUGUAAUAUACAGUAUGUAUUUGUCUGUUUGGUAAUUAUUUUAGAAUGUGGUGUCACAUGAAAACUGUCAAAUCUGUUUUGAUUUUACACAGCUGAUACACAGAUUUUUCGCAUCACUGUGUGGAAAAUAAGGUCUUAACUAAAGAAAUGAUUACGUUUUAUAUAUGAUCUGAGAAAAAAGUUGUCUUGUUUGUCUCAUAACCAUGUCGUUUUGUGAGAUUUCUUAAUUUUUCUUCCUAUUCAAACUCUGUAAUAAAUGAAAUUAACUUA